AUGGAAAGUGACAUGGAAAGUGACAUGGACAGUGACAUGGAAAGUGACAUGGACAGUGAUAUGGAAAGUGACAUGGAAAGUGACAUGGACAGCGAGAAUAAUGACUUUGUAGAGAUAUUCUUGGAAAAAGACAAACAAAAAAGCGAGAGCUCUCGUGCAACUCUUGCGGAACCAAAGAGAUUUCUAUGUGAAGAUUCAUCCAGUGGCGUGGUCCAGCCAAUGAGUCCUUCAGCAAGAGAAAGUGAAGAGAAUACUGUGACAAGGACUGUCUUUUCUCUGAAAGCAGCUAAGAUGAAAUUGAACGAAAAGGGUGACUUAGUGAAGAAAGUUAAGAGAAUGAAGAAAGUCAAGACCCCAGAAAAAGAUAGGACUGAGUACAGUCAUCAAGAGAGAAACCUUGUCAGCUGUAUGAACCUGGAACCUCGAGAUAAUGACCACUUUCUCUACUGUGGAGAAUGCAACAAGCAGUUUGAAGGGGACUGCCCUGUCCAUGGACCCUAUAACUACAUACAGGACAAAGAGGUGCCAGAAGGGGAACCCCUUAAAGCUGAUCAAACCGUGCCAGAUUGCCUUGUAAUUAAAACGUCCAAAAUAGCUGGAGCUGGUCUUGGAGUAUUUUCCAAGGAGGGACUGGAAUCUAGGGUCAUGUUUGGGCCGUAUGGGGGCGAUAUCAUUGCUGAAAACCAGAAAUCAGGGUAUUGCUGGCAGACCUUAAAGGAAGGCAAACCGAGACAUUUUGUGGAUGCCCAGAACAAGGCCACCUCUAACUGGAUGAGAUACGUGAACUGUGCAAUGACGGAGGCAGACCAGAACCUUGUGGCGUUUCAGUACAAAGGAGGCAUCUAUUACUGCACAUUAAAGCCAAUUUCACCAGGAGAGGAACUGUGGGUCUGGUACGGAGACGAAUUUGCCAGAGAACUUGGCCUCAUCAGAAACAAAAACGUGUGCAGUUAUUCCAGUAAAAAAAGUGGUCACUUGAAGAUACACAUGAGGAAACAUACAGGAGAAAGACAGUACACGUGUGAGGUGUGUGGCUAUUUAUGUAAACAGAGUGGUAACUUGAAGACACACAUGAGGAUACAUACUGGAGAAAGACCGUAUAAGUGUGAGGAGUGUGAUUUUGCGUUUAAACAAAGUGGUGAGUUGAAGACACACAUGAGGGUACAUACAGGAGAGAAACCGUACAAGUGUGAGGUGUGUGGUUAUAAAUGUAAACGUAGUGAUCACUUGAAGACACACAUGAUGACACAUACAGGAGAAAGACCGUACACGUGUGAGGAGUGUGAUUUUGCGUGUAAGCAAUGUGGUGAUUUGAGGAGACACAUGAGAAUACAUACAGGAGAGAAAGAGUACAAGUGUGAGGUGUGUGGCUAUGAAUGUAAUCAUAGUGGUCACUUGAAAAUACACAUGAGAAAACAUACAGGAGAGAGACCGUACAAGUGUGAGGUGUGUGGCUAUUUAUGUAAACAGAAUGGUCACUUGAAGACACACAUGAGGAUACAUACAAGAGAAAUACCGCACAAGUGUGAGGAGUGUGACUUUGCGUGUAAACAAAGUGGUGAUUUGAAGAGACACAUAAGGAUACAUACAGGGGAACGACCAUACAAGUGUGAGGAGUGUGGCUAUUGUUGUAAACAUAGUUUUAACUUGAAGACACACAUGAGGAAACAUACAGGAGAGAGACCAUACAGGUGUAAAAUGUGUGAUUUUGCAUGUAAACACAGUGGUCAUUUCAAGAUACACAUGAGGAUACAUACAGGAGAGAGACCGUACACGUGUAAGGUGUGUGAUUAUGCAUGUAAAGAGAGUGGUUCGUUGAAGAAACAUAUGAUGAUACAUACAGGCGAUAGACCCUAAAUGUGUAUGGUGUGUGAUUAUGCAUGUAUCAAGAGUGAUUGCAUGAAGAGACACAUGAAGAAGCAUGCUUGGUUGUACUUGUAACCAUAGUGAUGAUUUGAAGAAACGCAUGGGGAUACAUACGGGAGGUGUGUGGCUAUCCAUGGAUCCAUGGGAGGAAGACUUAAAAAAGUAUAAGGUGUGUAGUUAUCCAUAUAUCUAUGAGAGGAAGACUUUUAACAGUUUAAGGUGUGUGGUUAUUCAUGUAUCUUUGGGAGGAAGACUUUAAAGAGUGUAAGGCGUGUGGUUAUGUAAGUAUCCACGGGAGGAAGACUUACCAAAGUGUUAGGUGCGUGAUUAUCUAUGUAUCCAUGGGAUUAAGACUUUAAAGAUUGUUAGGUGUGUGGUUAUCCGUGUAACCAGGGUGGUCCCUUGAAAACUUGAAGAGCCACAUGAGAAUAUACAAUAUAAUAAGAGAAGCAAGAACUAAACAUGAACAUAUAACAAAAUCUCUGAAAUCAGUAGAGACCAAGUGACGCACGUUAUUUUGCAUGACUUAAUGACACAAUAAAUCAUUGCUUUGUUAGAGCUGCAUUCAAACUAAUUUUUAAUUUACUCGUCCAAUGGGUUUUAUAAAUGAUUGUGAACAGUGCCCGAUGCGCACACAUCUCCCUACCUGCUUUUCCCAUCUUCAAUUUUAAAAUCUCCGUCGCAUAAUUCACUAUACACUUCACUUCGGAAAAGUGGCGUACUUUUGUUCAUAUUUCACAUGAGUUUGAUAGUUUGCAUUUAAAAAGAUACCUUUUUUAUCUUAGAUAAACAGCUUUUAUUAUCAUUGAGAGCAGAAGGUGGAGUAUUUAAAUUUGGGUUAGUUUAGACUCGCUUCCGUUUAUAGGGGUUUUCAUAACAUAAGCACUGCUCUUCAAUAAUUGGUGUUCUCUUGGUUACUUGAAUGUCAUUUACGACAAAUAGAUAAUUGCUUUGU